UUCAGUGCACGCGUUGCAGAGCACCCGGGCUGCUGAGGCGUUCCCUGGUUAAACUGGGAUUGAAGCAGGACAACGUCAGCCCCUCCUGGUCCUGAAAAGGGCUCGCCUGCCGACUCCGCCCUCACGGGAAAGAUGGGGAAGGGCUACAAGGUGGUGGUUUGUGGAAUGGCCUCGGUGGGAAAGACUGCGAUUUUGGAGCAGCUUCUCUAUGGCAAGCACACUGUUGGCUUAGAAGAGGGUGCCACAAUAGAAGAUGUGUAUUUGGCUUCGGUGGAAACAGACCGAGGCGUGAAGGAACAGUUACGACUUUAUGACACCAGGGGUCUGCAGGAGGGCGUAGAAUUGCCAAAACACUAUUUCUCUGUCGCUGAUGGCUUUGUUCUGGUGUACGCUGUGACCAGCCUCGAAGCUUUCCAGAGAGUCGAACUGCUCAAAAAGGAGAUUGACGUCUUUAGAGACAAAAAAGAGGUAACAGUUAUUGUCUUGGGAAACAAAACUGACCUCCUGGACCAAAGACAAGUGGAAACAGAAGCAGCACAGCAAUGGGCAAGGGCUGAGAAAGUGAGACUGUGGGAAGUGACUGUGACAGAUCGGAAAACACUGCUUGAGCCUUUCACCUUCUUAGCUAGCAAACUCUCCCAGUCCCAGAACAAAUCAACAUUUCCCUUGCCUGGAAGGAAGAGCAAAGGGAAUAACUCUGAUAAUUAAGCUACUUUAGCAUUGUCUGCUGCUGCCAGGUCACAGCCUAAGUCCUUUUUGUGCCAUUUGCGUCUCACAGUUUCACUUAAAGCAAUAAUCUCAUUCAGCAAUAAAAUCAGCAAGCUUAUGGCCAAGAGGUAUCCUUCCUGCUCAUGGACUUGGCUUGAAAAAGUCUCUGGUGGUAAAAGCCUUAAAA